AUGGUCCGACUUCAUGGGAAGUCGGUAGCGCGGGAUUUCAGGAAGUGGCAGCGAGGUUUGUCGCAUCAUCCAUCCUUCGGCAUGGGCCAGGACGAGGACCUCUUGAUGCCGUUUGGAGACAGGCAGCACGAGGAGAAGCACAGGCCAGCGAUGGGUGGCACAUUUUUCGGUGCUGUGGGACCUCAGACGGUUGCACGAGCACGUCCAGCACGACCGGGCGCGGCCGAUUGCGAAAGAUGUGGAGCACCUAAUUGCAGCAAUACAGCACAGCCAAAACUCUUUUCAGUGGCCGAGAAGUUGCAUUAG